GUCUCUCUCUCUCUCACACACACACACACAAUCUAAUCUUCUUCUCUUGAGAGAGACAGAGAGAAAGAGAAUUGUGGGUGAGAGAUUUUGCAGAAUUUCCAUUUCCAUUUCAGUUCUACUUCUGACUUUUGAGUUAAAUAGAAUUCCCAAUUCUUCAAAGAGAAGCAAAUUUUGCCAAUUCUCAACUGGUCUGGAUUCUGGUUUUGGUUUUGGUCCUGGUUCGUGUGUGAAAAUGAGCUUCUGAAUCGACAAAAUCUCGCAGAUUGAGAUUAUGGGUAUCAAAAACAUAUCGGGAUAAGCCUUAAUCAUCAACUUAAAGGGUAUUUGGUACAGUUUGACUAGCUCACACCCAUUCUCCUUAUUUGAUUUAUUUCAAAUUGGAUUUCUUUGAAUUCGCGAUUCUGACAUUUGGACAGUAAUGGAGGGUAGUGAAGAUAGAGACUUAAUCGUAGCGAUUGCUAUCAAUGGAAGUAAGAAAAGCAAAUAUAUAGUGAAAUGGGCAUUGGAGAAGUUCAUCCUUGAGAGCAAUUUCAUGGUGAAACUUUUACACGUUCGGCCAAAGAUAACCGGAGUUCCUACACCCAUGGGAAAUUUGAUUCCGGUUUCAAGUGUUCGUGAUGAUGUUGUAACUGCUUAUAGACAAGAUGUGGAAUGGCAAACAUCUGAAAAACUUAUGCCUUACAAAAACAUGUGUAUUCGCAACAAGGUAAAAGUAGAACUUAAGCAAAUUGAAUCAGAUGACAUUGUUGAUGCUAUAUCGAUAGAAAUCAAAGAAAGUAACAUUAUCAAACUCGUAAUAGGCGCAUCAUCGCGUCCAAUUUUCUCAAGAAGAGGACAAGAUUUGUCAUCAAAAAUCUCCCAGAACAUCCCUGGAUUCUGCACUGUCUAUGUCAUUUCGAAAGGAAAGCUGUCAUCUUUACGUCCAUCUGAUUGUGAGACCAACGAAAGCAUCAAAGAUGACUCGAGCGAUAUGAGUUUUUCGACAUCAUCAGAUUCUUCAUCGUUACAAACAGACCCGAUCAAGGCUGCAGUUUACUCGCGAUUUCAAUCGCCUCCAUUGCCAAUGCAGCGGUUCCAAGCUUUGUCAAGCAUAAACCAGACUCUCCUUCAUUCUAGAACAAAUUCAGUUGAUGUUAUUAAGGAAAGGGAAGAUUCGACAAGCUUGUUUGACGAAAACUUUGAUUAUGGUCGUCCCAAUAGUGAGACGUCGAGUUUUAGGAGCCUGGUAAACGAACGCAAGUCCUGGAUAUCUGAUCGGGCUUCCACUUCGACAUGUCCAACCGAAUGUUCAUCAGACAGUCAGGACAAUUUGAAUUUCGAAAUGGAAAGACUACGAAUCGAACUGAGGCAUGUUAGAGGAAUGUAUGCUUUAGCUGAAAACGAGGCAAUUGGUGCUUCUAGGAAGGCAAGUGGUCUUGUAAAACGUCUCUCGGAAGAAGAAACGAAGCUGAAAGAGAUUGGAAUUAAGGAGAAUGAAGCCAAGGAGGAGGUGAUAAAGGAGAAAGAAAGGCGUAAAAGUGCUAAAAGAGAGAUAGAAUACAUUAAUGAUUGUGUGCAAAGAGAAUCUUUACAUAGGAAAGAUGCAGAGAUUAAUGCCAACCGUGAAGCCAAAGAAAGGGAGAAGCUCCAACAGGCCCUUGUUGGCCCUCUUCAGCAGUAUCAGAAAUUCACAUGGGAAGAGCUAUCUUUGGCUACUUCUUCGUUUUCUGAGGAUCUUAAGAUCGGAAUUGGCGCCAAUGGAACUGUUUAUAAGUGUGUUUUGCAUCACACAACUGCUGCUGUGAAGGUUCUCCAUUCGAAAGAUGCUCAUAGAAACAAGCAAUUUCAGCAGGAGCUUGAGGUAUUGAGCAAAACUCGUCAUCCACAUUUACUAAGCCUUCUUGGAGCAUGUCCCGAAGAAGGCUUACUCGUUUACGAGUACAUGUCGAACGGAAGCCUAGAAGACGUAUUGUUCAAGAACAAUAACAAAAAAGGGUCUCCUCUUCCUUGGUUCACAAGGUUCCAAAUCGCAUGGGAGAUAGCCUCGGCACUCGCAUUCCUACACAACGCGAAACCAAGAUCAAUUAUCCAUCGUGAUUUAAAACCUGCAAACAUAUUGCUCGACAACAACUUUGUGAGCAAGAUAGGAGACGUUGGACUCUCCACAAUGCUCCAUUUGGAUCCGACCACCAUUUGCAAUGACACUGUCGGUCCCGUCGGGACACUUUGUUACAUCGAUCCCGAGUAUCAAAGAACCGGUCAGGUUUCGAUGAUGUCCGACGUUUACGCUUUCGGGAUCGUGAUUCUUCAGUUGCUGACAGCUAAACCUGCCAUGGCACUCGCCCAUGCCAUGGAAACGGGGUUGGAAGAUGAUCGGUUGUCGGAGUUGUUGGAUCCGAUGGCUGGACAAUGGCCAGUUGAAGAAACAAAGGAAUUGGCUGUGUUGGGAUUGCAAUGUUGUGAGAUUCGUCGUAGAGAUAGACCCGAUUUGACCGGAAAAGUUCUUCCCAUACUCGAUAGAUUGAAAGAGGUAGCUAGAGAAAUGUCGUUAUCUUUGUCGUCGGUUUCUCAUCAACCGCCGCCAAACCACUUCAUAUGUCCUAUUCUCAAGGAAAUUAUGGAGGAGCCUUGUGUUGCUGGUGAUGGGUAUACAUAUGAUAGAAGGGCAAUUGAGUUAUGGCUAGAUGAGAAUGAGACAUCUCCAAUGACAAAUUUGCCCCUCCUUACUAAGAUCUUGCUUCCAAAUUACACACUUCUUUCAGCUAUUAUGGAGUGGAAAUCUGAAAGAAAGUAAAUGAUCCAUUCUAGUAAUUAUUUAUGAGAAUUUUGUGUUCUCUAUUUAUAAACAAUUAUGCAUUUGUUAUGGUUUGAGUUUCUUCUUAGGAUGUAUAGUUUAAUUUGUUAUAAGAUGGUUUGCCCUAUUAUUGUACUUAAGUUAACAGAGAUCAAUGAAUUGUUAAUUGUUUAUUGGGUUUGUCAAUCCUUAAUUUUGAGUCUCAUCAAUAUUUUCAAUGAAUUUGUUGUGUUUAUAAUUUCAU